AUGUACGCACCAAGUCUACUCAGAAUGCUUCACCUAUCCCUGGGCCUGUCGGCUGCCAUGUUGGCGGUGGGUGGAGCGUCUCAGCAGGUGCCUGCUGCCGCCGCCUUGGUCCACAGCAGAGCGGCAGCGGCGAACACGACAGACUGCUCCCGCGAGUGCAUGACAACUAUCGUCACCCAGAUCCUAGACUCCAUGGUGUCCCACGACCCGUAUAGCUUGCCCCUGGCAUCGAUCUAUAAGGCGACUGAAAAUUCGCACCCGGCGGCGCUCAGCAUGAUGACUUCGUGGCGUACUAUUACCAAGGCCGGCGCACCGAGCCUGCUGGCGAUCGACACCACGAAUGGCACGGCGUACUUCUCCCUGGACAUCAGCGAAGGCAAUGACGCGACGGAAGCCGUCCUGCGAGGCCGGAUCGCGGUGGUCGACCAGCAGAUCACCGAGCUUGAGUUGUUCAUCAAUCGCAAUCGAGGCGACCACGGCUUCUCCUUCUCAGCUGAAGAACUUCCGGCAAACUACGAGGUGCUGAUGAACCCGCCUGCCAAUCGUACCAAGGCGAGCCGUGAAACUUUAUACGCCCUGAGCGAAUCCCUCUUUGCUGAGUCCAGCGACUUCGCAGUCACCGUCAGUGACGACUGCCAGUUCACCGAGCUAGGCUGGAAAGUCAUCGAUACCGGGACUUACGAGAACGCCUCCAGCGACCCACUUGGUUGCACAUGGCCGGACGAUCAUCCCACCGAUGCGAACGCUCGAGUGGCUCUGGUUGUCGACGAGGAGUUAGGCUUUGUUGUGACUAGUGGUGUUAUUCCGGGCACGGUCUUCCCCUACGCUAAGAAUGUAUCGGCCUUCAUCCCAAACAAGAUGACCGCGGCACAGGAAGCGCAGGAGGAAUACUAUGAGGCGAUGAAAGCCCUUGGUACCAUCAAAAUGGUGGCUCCCUUCGGCGGCACUGGUGACACCCUCGAAGUGCUCCAGUAUUACAACGACGAGCUCCAGGCUAUGCAGAUCAACGUCUAUCUGGGUGUGGGCACUUACCUGAGCCGGGAUCGUGACAAGUACACCGUCAAGCGCACGCCAACGAAAUCCAUUUCAAAGAAGGACGCGCUGCCACCACUCGCCACGUGGUUCAAGAGUAUUGUAAACCCAUUGAUCUUCUACGGCAGACAUUACACGAUGCACGCCAAGGUCUUCGUCAUCAUCGCAACUGCGCUGCUCGCUGGCUCAGCCCAGGCCAGGCUCACGUUUAACACCUGCUGCUGUUACAACAACAGCAACAAUAGAGACCCCAGAAUCCAAUGCACCGUCGAGGCUUGGGGCCCCAAUUGCCCGGCCGGCGAGUACGCCUGCAGGGCUCACAACAGCCACUUGUAG